CGUUGUGCUCUGUUGUCACUUCAGGGAUGAAGAUGAUGGAAUGUAACGUAUGGAUGACAGCGGCCCUUCUGUCGUUAUACCUUUCAGAUCAUGUACUUAUGGAACAAUUUCCCAACUGCAAAGACAGACCACUGUACAUCCAGCAUGUGUCUCUCCACAGCAGAGUGUCCAUCUCCUGCCCCAACACGACAGGGGAGGAUGUGAGCUUCCACCUGUCGUUGGACCAGUCCCUCGUUCACACCACAGUGCUCGAGAGGAACCAGAUCCACACCAGAACCAACCGAACAGAAACCUGGGCCCAGUUCUAUCUAGUUGACCAGAAUCGGAACCAGAACUUGAUCAACCGCUAUGUGUUCACGGUCAACAGCACAGGCCUGUACUCCUGCAUAGCGGAAAGGAUGAGGUCUCCUCUGCCUUAUCAAGAGGUUCAGACUCUACUGAUUGAAGAGAAGCAGUGCUUGACACACCGAGAUCCACUGGCGAAUCAAGAUCAAGAUCCUCUGGCCAACCAGAAUUGUGCAGAGGUUUCUAAACCCCUCCCCCUGUGUCCGGUAUUGGUGGGAUGUGGGUUUCUUCUCUACAGCAUCAUCAUCACGAUCAUCGCCAUCGUCCUCUGGAGGAAGCUGAAGAAGGAAGUGUCUGUUCAGAGUGACUACAUGAACAUGAAGCCUGGAGAGAAGACGAGGCCUAAGAGAGUCCAGCAUCCAGUCACCAGGAAAUUCUGAUUCUGGUCAUUCCUAUGGCUGUGUACCUAAUGGCCCCCUCUUCUCUAUGGAUGUGUACCUAAUGGCACCCUAUUCUCUAUGUCUGUGUACCUAAUGGCACCCUAUUCUCUAUGGUUGUGUACCUAAUGGCACCCUAUUCUCUAUGGAUGUGUACCUAAUGGCACCCUAUUCUCUAUGGCUGUGUACCUAAUGGAACCCUAUUCUCUAUGGUUGUGUACCUAAUGGCACCCUAUUAUCUAUGGAUGUGUACCUAAUGGCACCCUAUUCUCUAUGUCUGUGUACCUAAUGGCACCCUAUUCUCUAUGGCUGUGUACCUAAUGGCACCCUAUUCUCUAUGGAUGUGUACCUAAUGGCACCCUAUUAUCUAUGGAUGUGUACCUAAUGGCACCCUAUCCUCUAUGGCUGUGUACCUAAUGGCCCCCUCUUCUCUAUGGAUGUGUACCUAAUGGCACCCUAUUCUCUAUGGCUGUGUACCUAAUGGCACCCUAUUAUCUUUGGAUGUGUACCUAAUGGCACCCUAUUCUCUAUGGAUGUGUACCUAAUGGCACCCUAUUCUCUAUGGAUGUGUACCUAAUGGCACCCUAUUCUCUAUGGCUGUGUACCUAAUGGCACCCUAUUCUCUAUGUCUGUGUACCUAAUGGCACCCUAUUCUCUAUGGAUGUGUACCUAAUGGCAACCUAUUCUCUAUGGAUGUGUACCUAAUGGCACCCUAUUCUCUAUGGAUGUGUACCUAAUGGCACCCUAUUCUCUAUGGAUGUGUACCUAAUGGCACCCUAUUCUCUAUGGUCCUAUGGCUGUGUAGCUAAUGGCACCCUAUUCUCUAUGGCUGUGUACCUAAUGACACCCUAUUCUCUAUGGCUGUGUACCUAAUGGCACCCUAUUCUCUAUGGAUGUGUACCUAAUGGCACCCUAUUCUCUAUGGCUGUGUACCUAAUGACACCCUAUUCUCUAUGGUUGUGUACCUAAUGACACCCUAUUCUCUAUGGUUGUGUACCUAAUGACACCCUAUUCUCUAUGGCUGUGUACCUAAUGGCACCCUAUUAUCUAUGGAUGUGUACCUAAUGGCACCCUAUUCUCUAUGGAUGUGUACCUAAUGGCACCCUAUUCUCUAUGGAUGUGUACCUAAUGGCACCCUAUUCUCUAUGGCUGUGUACCUAAUGGCACCCUAU